AUGACGACGACGGAAAGAUUGAGUGAUGCUCAGAUGAGAAGAUUUGUUGCGACAUUGACAGAGACUGUAUCCAGGUUGACGGACAGUAUCAAGACGCUAGAAUUCAAGGUCUCCGCAUCAGAAAACAACUACAUUUCCGUCCUAAAAAAGCUCAACGAGGUCGAAAAUGAAAACAAAGAUCUCUCCAAAAAACUAGUCCAGCAAAAUGAGCAAAUCUUUCAUCUCGAGAAUUCGUUGAAGCAGCAAUCUCGCAUAUCAGAAGAGCACACUCAGACGAUCCAAAGGAGGAUCAUGGAUCUGGAAGGCGAUAAUAAGCAAAUCGAAAAACGGGUAGAGCAAACGGCAAGGAGCGAAGGACAACGGGCUCUUGAAACAUCAGAUUCUAUUGCCAAAGAACUUCAGCUGCUGCAAACCAGACUCAAUUCCCUCGCCGAAGAAAUGCGACUGAGCAUCGAGAAUUCCAAGCGCUGGGCAGAUCAGGAGCGAGAACGAACAAAUCGUGAAAUGAAUGACAACAUCAGAGAAGCUUUGGCCACUAUCGAGAGGGACAGCAAAGAUCUCAAAAAUUUCGUCCAUGAAACAGCGGAAGACUUGAAACAGACGACCACUCUUUCGGACCAAGAAUGCAAAAGACUGGACGAUAAAGUGAAGCAGAUCAUCAAACGAAUCACUGAAAACGAAAGCAGAAGCCGAUCCAAGCAUUCACAGCACGUUGGCGAAAUCAAGAACACUAGAAGUGAGAUUGAGCAUGGAUUUGACAGUCUUCAAUCGACUGUUUCUGGACUCCAAAAACUCCUUGAAGGCAAAAUCCAGCUGUACAAGGACGAUUACGACCGCCAAGUGGCAGAAAUGAAGAAGCUCAUUGUUCUGUCUGACACCAGCGUUUAA